AUGGCCCGUACCACACUGCGUACAACACUACGUAAAAAAGUGGUGAUUGUGGGUGAUGGUGCGUGUGGAAAGACAAGUUGUCUGAUUGUCUAUCAAAACGGCAAGUUUCCCGAGAAAUACUUGCCGACAGUUUUCGAAAAUUACAUCUCUCGAGUGGAUUUGGAUCAUAAAACAGUGGAACUAGCCUUAUGGGAUACAGCAGGGCAGGAGGACUAUGAUCGAUUACGCCCACUCUCUUACUUUGAAACUGACGUUGUUGUAAUAUGCUAUGCUGUCGAUAACCAAAACUCCUUUCAAAAUGUUAGGGACAAGUGGCUGCCCGAGGUCAAACACUAUUGUGGAAAUAAUGUGUCGUUAGUAUUAGCUGGUCUCAAAAUCGAUUUACGUUCGGAAUCCAACAAAACCAUCAGUCAACAACAGGUACACAACCAUAGUCACACGCCUAUCAAAGGCAUCAAGUUAGCAAAAGAGAUUGGAGCAAAGUAUGGUGAAUGUAGCGCAAAAGCUAAUAUAGCUGUCAAGGAUGUGAUCCGACUUGCUGCGCGUGUCGCUGUAAAGCCUAAAAAACUUUUAAAAAGAAGAAAUCUUCAUUGUAAUAUCCUUUAA